UGUUACACGGACUUUUUUUAAACUACGCAUUUUUUUUUAUUUAUUUGUACAAUGCUGCUUUGCAGAAUCUUUUUUUUUUUUUUCCUCUUCUUCCCUUCUUUCAUCAUGAAUUAUUUACGACGUUACAGAGAAAAUUUUACCUUGCAGGAGAUAUCUGGCAGCUUGGGUGAUCUUGGAACCCUUUUACCCAUUAUGAUGUCUUUGGCAGUUUCAGGCCAGAUCAACCUUACAAGCACCUUGUGGUUCACAGGUAUAUGGAAUAUUCUAUCAGGAUUGAUGUUCCAGGUGCCUGUUUGUGUCCAACCAAUGAAAGCCAUCGCUGCUGUUGUCUUGACCAAACACAUGUCAAUCAAUGAGAAUAUGGCAGCCGGGUUAUCGGUGGGUGCUAUUAUAUUUGUCCUUGGUAUAACUCGAACAAUCCAUCUCAUUGGAGCUUUUACCCCUACUCCUGUUAUUAAAGGUUUACAGCUUGGUACAGCGAUUCAACUCAUUAUCAAAGCGCAUAAUCUGAUCCCCGGUCUUAAAUGGACGAUUGAUAAAAGCAACUGGGCCAACAACAAUACAUGGGUGUUAUUAGCAUUUAUUUUUGUCGUAGCUUGUUAUCGUACACGUAUCCCGUCUGCUUUAAUCAUUUUUUGUAUUGGUCUCAUCUUUGCACUAGUCUUGAUGUUUGCUACCACUGCCGGAGCUGAUUUACCACGACCCAGCGUGAUUGGAGGUCAUUAUCCUGAUACCGUGAUUGUACCUAGCGCGUCUGAAUUCCGUACUGGCUUCUUAAAUGCGGGUUUGGGACAACUUCCAUUGACUUCAUUAAACUCAGUCAUUGCAUUGUGUGCAUUGAUCGAUGACUUGUUUCCUAAAAAGCACGCUACUACAUCUCGUGUAGCCAUGAGCGUGGGAAUAAUGAACCUGAUCGGAUGUUGGUUUGGUGCUAUGCCACUCUGUCAUGGAUCUGGUGGGUUAGCCGGUCAAUAUCGUUUUGGUGCUCGAACAGAAGUCUCCGUUAUCUUUUUGGGUGCAUGCAAGUUACUUUUGGGAAUACUAUUUGGUAGCUCGCUGGUCGGGUUACUACAAGCCUUCCCUACCUCGCUCUUGGCAGUCAUGUUAUUUAUAUCAGGUGUUGAAUUAGGAAGUGCUGCAAGAUCUGUAAAUGAUUUUGAACAGGACGAAGUGCGAAAAAGAGAGAAUUUUACCAUCAUGCUAUUAACAACAGGUAGUUUGGUAGCAUACUCGAAUGAUGGUAUUGGGUUCAUAUCAGGCCUUGUUUCGGCUGCUUUAUUGUCCAUGCAACGUCUUGGUAUACGUACCUGGUUUGAGCAUACUAUGCAGGGAUUCAGAUCUGUGCCACAACAAUGGAGAGAUCAAAGUCUCCAGGUGCCUCAAAGUUUACCAACCACUGCUGUAGAUGAAACUAUCGUAAGCAGACAAGAGGAAGCCGUCUUAGUAUCAGAUAUGAAUAAACCUCCUAUCUAUGACAAUCAAAUGAAGGCAGGAUCUUCAUCCACGGUGAACAAAUAACUACUAUCUAAACCCCCCAUUCUUAUAAUAAUAAAGCUUACAUUGAUACACAUACAAAA